AUGGGCGAAGCCGACAAUUAUUACACGCCAAACCAACAGCAACCGUACUCCAACGGGGGUUAUCAGCAACAGUACCAGCCUCAACAGCCUGCUGCGUCUUAUCAGCAGCAGCAGCAGCAGCAGUACCAACCGCCGCCGCCCCAGCAGUAUCAAGGAGGUCCCCCCCAAAAUGCCAGCAAUGGCUACAUGCCCUCCCAGGGCUACGAAAACGGCAACGAGAAGACUUCUUUCGACGAGCAGUUCAAGAUCGCAAAGCCAAAGUACAAUGAUCUCUGGGCUGGCAUCCUUCUGAUCGCCGUCAUGAUCGGCUUUGCCGCCGUGUCUGGUCUCGUUCUUCAAGGAUACGCUUCUAACAAGGGCAACGCUGGUAAUGGAAUCUAUGGCAAUCGCAACGACUUUUCUCUCAACACGAGUACCGUCAUCCUCUUCAUGUUUGUCCUCGCCGUCGCAUUUGUCCUCUCCUUCGCAUAUAUCUGGCUUGCACGAGUCUUCCCCAAGCAAUUCAUCUGGGUCACCGGCAUUCUCAAUGUGUGCUUCGCAAUUGGAACGGCCAUCUUUUACCUGUACCGCAAAUACUGGUCCGCUGGAAUAGUGUUCCUGAUCUUUGGUCUUUUCAUGGCUUUCUGCUUCUGGACCUGGAUUUCGCGAAUCCCCUUUUCGGCUCUUAUGCUCCGAACCACCAUCGAUGUCAGCAAGAAGUACGGUCAUGUCUAUCUCACUAGUCUUAUCGGAGGCAUCAUUGCCACGGCUUUCUCCGCUUGGUACUCGAUCACUUUGGUAGCUGUCUACAUCAAAUACCAGCCUUCCAACGACAAUCCUUCUUGCACCGACGGAAGUUGUAGCAAGGGCAAGGUUAUCGGUCUUAUCGCCUUCAUCACCUUUGCCAUGUACUGGUUCUCCGAGUGGCUCAAGAACACAAUCCACACAACGAUUGCCGGCGUCUAUGGCUCUUGGUACUUCAAUCCUCACAACUUCCCCAAGGAUGCCACUCGCGCUUCUGCCAAGCGUGCCUUGACCUACAGUUUUGGUUCCAUUAGUCUGGGCAGCUUGCUGGUUGCCAUCGUGCAGUUCCUACGCCAGCUCUGCAACGCUGCUCGUAACCAGGAGGCUUCUGACGGCAGCAUGAUCGGUUACGCAGUGUUCUGCUGCGUUAGUUGUCUGCUUGGUCUUCUGGAGUGGGCCGUCGAGUUCCUCAACCGCUAUGCCUUCUGCCACAUCGCCCUCUACGGCAAGCCUUACUUCGCAGCUGCAAAGGAUACCUGGAAGAUGAUCAAGGACCGUGGAAUCGACGCUCUCAUCAACGACUGCCUCAUCGGACCUGUCCUUUCUUUCGGCGCCCUUUUCAUCGCGUAUGCUUGUGCUCUUCUGGCUUACCUGUACCUCUACUUCACCGACCCUGCUUACAACAGCGAGGGCCAAUACACCCCAGUCGUCGUGGCCUUUUCCUUCCUCAUCGGGUUCCAGAUCGCAAACAUCAUCACCACGCCCAUUUCAAGCGGUCUCGAGACUAUCUUCGUUGCUGCCGGUUGGGAUCCUCAAGUUUUGUGGCGCGAUCACCCUGAGCUGUACAACGAGAUGGUCCGGGUGUACCCCAAGGUUCAGCAGGUCAUCCGUGACCACUAA